AUGAAAUCUGUAAAUGAUCUAUCAAUUGAUAGAAAAGAUUUGAAAGAAAUUGAAAUGAGACGUGAAAUUAAUCCAUGUACAUAUCGUUCAGCAAUAAAUCUUGAUCCCAAUGCCUCAUCAUCUUCAACAUCAAUGUCAAUUAUAACAUCACUUGGUGUUAUUUUACAUGAAACUGAUGCAGAAAGCAAAUGUGGUCGUGAACAAAAACAAGCAUUAAAACAAAAUUAUGAUGCAACUAAAGCAACAAAUAUUGAACGUCUUUCUUGGUUAUCAACUAGUCAUUCAUCAACAGAACAAAGCGUAAAACAUUCCCGUGGAUUAAAAUACAAUGAUGUUAAUACAAAUUCAUCUGAUUAUGUAUUUACAAAAGAUAAGAAUAGUUAUGAAGCAUAUCCUGUUCAAAAUUGGUAUACAUUUACACAAACGAAUGUUCAUAAAACAGUUGAUUUUGAUGAAGCUGAAAAACAAAAUCAAGAACGAUGUAAACAUUUAGAUAAAUGGUUUCCAAAACAACAAGCUAUGAAAGAAAAAAAUACUGAAGAUGAUAUUCAAAAUAAUAAUGAAAAAGAUACAAAAUCAACAAAUAAAAAUAAACGUGAUUUACAAUUACUUGAUGCUGAAGAGUGGAUUCAUGAAAACGACGAAAAUGAAUAUGAUGUUGACAAACGGAGUCAAGAUAAUGAUAACAAUAAUCCAAAUAAAAAAUCUAAAACAAAUAAGAAAGAUAAAAAAAAAUCAAAAUAUAUACGGAUGCUAUGUGAUAGUGAUGAAGAUGAAUCUAUUAAAAAACAAGUGAAUAAAACAAGCACUAUGAUACGUCAAACAGAAGAAGAUGAAAAAAAGAUUCAAAUGAUGCUGAUCAUGAAUGUAAGAAUUCGCUCAUCACAAUCAAAAUUUAUGUGUUACUUGAGAUAA